AUGGCCGAAGGAGGGGCGAGUAGAGGUGGCGGAGAAGUCCCCGCUACGUCGCCGGAGCAGGAAGCCCGGAGCCCGGUUCAGGUCCUGACAGGAUCCGGCCACUGCAAAUGGUUCAACGUUCGGAUGGGGUUUGGAUUUAUAUCCAUGACCAGCAACGAAGAAGGUGCCGUGGACCCCCCCAUGGAUGUGUUCGUUCACCAAAGCAAGCUGGUGAUGGAGGGUUUCCGCAGCCUGCGCGAGGGGGAGGCGGUAGAGUUCUCCUUCCAGCGCUCAAGUAAGGGCCUGGAGGCGCUGCGGGUGACGGGGCCCCGGGGGGGGCCCUGCUCCGGGAGCGAGCGCCGGCCCAAAGGCAAAGCCCCACCCCUCAAACGCAAACCAAAGGGAGACCGGUGCUACAACUGUGGAGGUCUUGACCACCAUGCCAAGGAAUGUGGCCUGCCACCCCAGCCAAAGAAGUGUCACUACUGCCAGAGCACCAACCACAUGGUGGCCCAGUGUCCCCACAAGGCCAACGCUACCACCUCCUCCAGCUCUCAGGACCCCCAGACCUCGCCCGAGUCCCAGGGGGGCCGCAGCAGCUCCUCUCCCCUGGAAGGGAGCUCCUUGGCUGGGGACGGGGAUGGGGACGGGGACGGGGACAAUCCGCCGCAGCCAGCAGCACAGUCCCCUUCGUCUCAGCCUCCUCUGGGGCAUCAUGGCCCCUCCUCCCGUCGGAGGAAGCCCUGA